AUGAUUGCUGGACCAUCUUCUCCUCUACCGAACGACCCAGAAUCUCCCGUCGCUUUCAGGCGAAGGGGCCAUACUAGGACCGCUUCUGUCCCACAUACCAACUAUCCACGAACAGCAGCGCCUAGGCUCGAGACUCAAUUUCAACCCCUUGACAGGCCGAUGCGGAAGCCAACAGGUCCCCGUACAACUGCUCCGACACAGAACCUGCCGACGACACCCCAGAGCUCGAUAUACCCCAGUCGCAGGGGCGAUUUCCAAUCGGAAAUGCGUCGUUCUCGACCAUUCGACUCGGACAGCGACUCUCUGAUAAGCUUGCGCGAAGACGAGCAGACCCCAUUUACGCCCACGUCCUUCCUCUCCCUCCACGCUUCGCCCACCGAUAGCACUGUGAGCUUGCGCUCCGUGAAGCGCGAGCGCCGCGCGUCCAUCCAGACAGUCCCUCUCCCGCCUAAAAAGUCGAACGCAAACAAGCGGCGCUCGGUGAUGAGCGCCGCCGAGCUGUACUUCUCCGACGUACACGAUCGCGACGACGAUAGUCCUUCCAUGCUACCACGUACCUUCGACGACGAAGGUUGGCGCGAUGAGGCGGUGCCCGAGCUCGAUUGGCGCCAGGCGGACAGCCCGUUUCAAGAUGACCGCUCGUUUCUCAUCACAUCUUGA